GAGCUUUUUUGGCCAUCCAUUUGCUCUUACAACGCACAGUACGACACCAAAAGAAGCAAUGUACAACACCAUACCAGAGACGACGCCCCAGGAGGAGCCGCGCCAGCCCAGGAAGGCCCUCGGAAUGAUCGUCGCGGUCUCUCUCCUCCUCGGUGCCAGCACGGCGACGAUCUACGCCAAGGCCGGAGUCGCGGCGAGCCUCGAGGUCACUCCAGGGGCUACUUACACCAAGGAGUGGACCUGCUCCGCGCCCUACGUCGACACUGCCGUUUACGGCCAGUCGAGCGGACCGCUGUCCACCGCGGGGCUGACCGUCACGCUACAAGGGGUCGAACUCACUGAGACCGGAGAGACUUCUUUCGAGUUCGGACGGUACGAACACGUUACCGCCGAGUUGGUACCCAGCGCUGGUGUGACGGUGUCCGACUGGGCGUUCGGGGGACUCAUAGGCGACGUCUCGGCCGAGGGCGACCGGGCCCUUCCUGGCGAUGCUGGAGUUCAGGUCUCCUGCACCGGUUUGUCGGGGAUCGCAGGGCCAGUCGUCAACAAGGAGACGGGAGGCACGCCGGCCACGGCAAUUUACGUUGCCUAUGGCUACACCUAUGGCGAGACGGGGCAAAUCAUUGUCACGGCGUUCGUCGGCGACAAGUACUACCAGAGCACGUUCCAAGUUCACGUCGUGACCAAGGGCAUCAAUCACGACGGCGCGAUGGCGCGCUCCGUCGGCGUCGCCGCGCUGGCCGGCACCAUGGCGGUCCUUCUGAUGGUGUGAGUCGUGCCUGAUACAAGACCGGGCCACGAAGGGCCCCUUUCG